AGGGCGGCACGCCGGGCGGAGGGCCGAAGGAGCGCGUCGACCGAGUGACACUGCGAGGGACCAGCAGCAGCCCGAACAGGCGCAGCAGGUCACCGCCGAGGCUCUUCCGGAGCCGUUGCCCUCGGCCGCGGCUCUGAUCGGCGAGCCCGUGACCGCGCCGUCCGCCCUGUCCUCACCUUCCGGUCCUUCAUCGCCAUCCUCGCCGUCUUCGCCCUCUGCGCCGACCGCGCCCACCGGUGCGUCUCCCAUCGGCGAGUCCUUGAAGGAGGUGGCUAGCCAGCUGAUCUCCGCGACGGCCGAGGAGGCCGCCAAGCCGCACGUCCAGGAUGUUCAAGACAUUCGCACGCCACCCAUCGUCAAGAUGCAGGACUUACGAAAGCCCGAGAUUCCCAAACCGGUGAUGGUGUCCGCCACCGUGUCGACGGAGAGCGACCACGAGGUGGACGAGCACAGCGGCUUCCAGGGCGUGGCCGAGCCCGUCGUGCUCCCGGACGAGCACAUGCCGCAGGCGCUGCCCCAGCACAUGCCGCUGAGGACCGCGCAGCCCGCCGUGUCCGCCCCCAUGCGCCACGGCGUCGUGCAGCACCAGGUGCAGCACCAGGUGCAGGCCGACCUCAAGAAGGCCAACAACGCGAGCGCCUCCCCGAUGACGACGGCCGAGCCACAGCCCAGCACUACGGCGUCUGACCGCAUCUCGACCUGGAUCCUCCUGAGUGGGACGCACAGCUCGGCCACGACGCCGUCCAGCCUCAAGAAGCGGCCAUCCUCCCCAGUGAAGCAGGAGGAGCACGCCGCCCCCGCGCCCGUCGCGCACCCCGCCCAUCCCGCCCACGCCGCCGCGAAGGUGCCUGGCACCGUGACUGUCCCAGCGAACGCCAAGCCAGCGCACCCCCAGCCCGCGCACCCUCAGCCCGCCCGUCAGCCGCCUGCCGUCCGCAAGCCCGUCGCGCAGCAGCGCGUGCCGGCUAGGAAGCCCACCACCACCACGGCCGCCCCCACGACGACCACGACCACCUCCACGACCCCUGCUCCCAGCAUGACCCCCAAGCCCGUGCCUCCCCCGGCGGCGCAGCAGGAGUACGUCAAGAUCUCCGAGGCCAUCGUCAGCACCUCUGGCGUUGGAGUCAGCGCCCAGAAGGACAAGCCGGCGGAGAACAAGAAGCCAGCGCGCCCCGUGCCCGCCGUCCACACCGACUCGAAGCAAGCCAACAAGAGGCCCAUCCAGGCCCAGCCGGACAAGACCAAGGUGUCGUCCGCCAGCGUGCCCUUCAACACCGCCAUCGCGUUCCGCAGGAAGCCGAUCCAGAGCCAGGCGCUGCCGAAACCCGCUGCUCUCAAGACCCCCGCUACGACGACCACGACCACGACCACCACUACCACGCCUGCACCCGUCGAAGAGCUGACCACACUGCCGCCCACCUUCGCCGACCUGCCCGUGACUACGGACGCCGAUCUGAUGACCACGACUAUGCCCACCAUCACGACGAAGAAGCCCAAGCGCGCCGGCAGCAGCGCCGCGUCCAAGAAAAAGAAAAAGAAGAAGAACAACAAGACGAGGAGGCGCCGACCCACCAAGAAGACGUCGUCCGCCGCGGUCACCGCCGAGAGUAAGAUCGGGCACGAGGGCAACGCCACCAAGAUGGUGCCCGGGACGGCAGUGGCUGGCGUCCCCGGCGGCCCAGGCCAGAACGGCAUCUCCACCAAGAUCUACAACUACCUGGCGCGCGAGGUGAUGCCGUCCGUCAGCGUGGGCAUCAUCGGCCUCGUGGUGACGGCGGGCCUCGCGGGGCUCUUCCUCUACCCCUUCGGCGGCGGCAUCGCGGCCCGCAGGACCUACGACACGGCGCCGCAGCAGCGCUACCCCGGCCCCGGUGGCGAGCACAUGUACUACUACGAGAGCUACGCGGACCAGCAGGGAUUGCAGGACGGCACGGUCGGCAAGCCCGAGGAGGAGGUGCUGGGCCAGGUGUUCUCCGGCAUGCAGCAGGACAGGAACGGACAGCAGGAUAGGCAGGGCCAGCAGCAGCAGCAGCAGCAGCAGCAGCAGCAGCAGGGCACACAGGACACGAGGUACGCUGCCUCUCCAUCUAUCUACGGCGGCAAUGACUCCGGACCUCCCGACGCGCAGUACCCGGACUCUUACAGCAGGUACGACUCGAGCGGCAAGGGAAGCUCGUACAGGCCGGCGGCGGAGGCGAAUGGCGCGUCUGACCUACGACAGGGCACCGGGUACAGUUCCGUGUCCGUCAACGGUCAGGGCCAGGUGACCGGCUACGCGGACCCGUCGCCGCCCCAGGCGCCGCAGGUCGAGACCAAGUUCGAGCCCUUGGGCACUCUGGACGCGCUGCAGCGGACCCGCUACGACGUCGACACGCCCAUCUCCGCCGACCAGGUCGACCUCACCUACGCGUCGGUCGGGGAGAGCGCGCCCAACCCCAACAAGAAGAAGGCGGAGGAGUCCCCGUACGUGGUGGGCUCGUCGGAGGCGCAGCAGAGCGCCCAGACCAACCAGGGCACCCGCUACCACUCGGACAGCGACGCGGCCUCGCACGUGGACAUCACGUACGGCAGCAGCGGCAGCGACCAGGACCCCACCGACCCCAAGCCCGGCAACAGAUACUCCGUGCGCGUGAGCGGCGGCGCGGGCCAGGUGGCGCUCGCCUACGGAUCGCAGCCCGGCGCCGACCAGGACAAGGCGGACUCCUCCGGCGUGGACCUGACGUACGGCGCGGGCCUGGACAUGGACAGCCGGUACGCCACGGCCAACGGGGCUCAGCCUCGCGCCCUUGUGCACGACAAGCAGGACCCGAAAGCCGACGGCAAGGCGGCGCACAGGCGGCGCAGGAGGAGUGCCACCGGCAACGACGUGGACGACGACCUGAACAACGAGAUUGACGGCCCCGCACCGGCCAAGACUUCCCACCAGGUCGUCGACAGCCAGGACAAGAUGAGCCAGAGUCUGGUCAUCAGCUCGACCGCCAUGCCCGAGGAGUCGCUGGCCACCACGACGGUCGAAGCCAUCACCACCACCGACGCGGAACCGGAGGACAAGAGGGAAGUUGUGACCGAUGCUGCUAUCACGACCCUCAUCAAUGAGGACACCGAGCCCCUGGUCGUCGUCACCACGAACGACAUUCUCAGCGCCCCUGCGAGCGACGUCAGAAACGAUGCCAGCAACGACGUGAACCCCGGCAACAGUGAUCUGCGUGACACGAGCAGCACCACCACGACGACCACCGCUCCGGUCUUUGACGGCACCAGCAACAACAACAACACGUCGCCGGCUGACGAUGCUCUGAGCACGCUCAUCAACAUCUUCCGGCGGGUGGCCGAGUUCAAGCUGCGCGUCGGCAUGAACCUCCUCCGCGGCACGUCCGAGGCCGUGACGAGGUACAUCGGCGGCAUGACCAAGCGCAUGGAGGCGGCGGCCGAGCACUUGCACACCAUGAGGGAGCAGCGGAGCCAGCGCAGCGAACGGAGUCAGAGGACAGCGAGGGCACACUCUCUGGAUGCCGAAGUGAAGUAUCCUACAUCACAGACCCUGAGGAGAAGAACACGUGACGUGUCACGGUCCAAACACCAGCUCAAGAAGAUCCUCCUGAAAGCCCAGAAGAACAAGAAAGAACACUAGUAAGGUAACAAAUAGAUAGAAGAUGAUGUAUGGGUAGCUCACUAUUUUUCCAAGGCUGUGAAACACUGGGGUUUUGCUUUAGUUUUUCCCAAGACGAGCUAAGGACAUGUGAGCAGUAAUAAAAACUUGUUGGAGCUACCUGAAACAAUUCGUAAGAAAAUAAUAUGACUGAUGUAAAUCUAAAAAGUUUUAAAAGGUUUGGAUGAAUUAUUGUUUGUUAUCCCUCAGCAUUUUCAUUGCUACGACCACCCAAUGUCAAAAUAUGUUUUAAAUUGCUUUUUGGAGCGUAAGACUACACCUUAAAGUGAAUUGUGAAUGAAUGAAUAAGAUUGUUUGUGUGCAUUAGACUUAUUUGUGCUAUAAAAGGCAUAUUGCAUUACAUCGGUUAAAAAAAAUAUUUUGUCAACCUGUGAAAUGAUACCAUAUUUCAGCUUGAUUGUGAUUAUUUUCUAGAGUGUUUUAUGCUUUAUUUUAAGACAUUUAUUUUGAAUUACGUAGUUUUUUGUUUGUUUGUCUGUUUGUUGCUUUUUUAAAAAGAAGAAAAAUGAUGGUUGUAGUGUAAACCAGUUAGAAAAAUAUAAAUACCCUGCACCAGCAUCAAAUUCAUCAAAGGUUGGUCCAGCACCAUUUUUGUUUUUAAAACAGUUGUCAUAUUUAAAACUAAUAAUCUCUAUGUAUAAUAAUGAAACCGAGGAACUAUAAAAGUGAUAUUAGAUUUUGUAAAUGUACCCGCCUUUAGGCUAACAACUUCUUGUAGUUAUUUGUAGCACAUACUUGGAGAAAUGGUAAUACAUUUCAGAGCAAAUUUACUGUACAAAGGCUACGGAGCUCAUCACCUUGGUACGCAACAAAUUUGUGUAUCACUUCAUAGAUAUCCCCUGGAGGGGGUAUACUAUGAAAACAAAUCGAUUUGCCACUUUGUUUUGUACCAACUGUGUUGAAAAAUAAGUAAGUUACUUUCAUUCUGUACAUAAACUGCAUAUAAAUAAAGUACUAUUUAAGUUGUAAA